GUCUUUGAUGCAGAAACGUUAGAGUGCGGAUGGGUCUGCGCGUGAGAGCUGAACGUGUAAACAGGACCGCAGCACACUGGUAAAGAUCAGUGGGCGGGGGAGACAGGAAGAUGUCACCAGGUAAGGAAAUAGUGACACAGUGGAUGGGUAGAGUGAGUGAAAGAGGACAGAGAGAAAGAAAGAGAGAGAGAGUCGCACCUUAAGGAAGUUAACAAAACAACAGAAGGAGAACAAAAGGCGCAUAAUAUUGAAGGAUGGGAGUUGUGCAAUGUUUUGUGAUUGUCUCCAUGUUAUCUGCAAAGUUGGUGCUCACCUCUCCGCUGGCAGAUGAGUUUUACCCUAUGGGCAGCAGUGAGUGUCCAAUGUGCCCUGCAGGUAAGUAUGAGGAGUCUUGUGCAGAGUGCAAGUCCUGUCCUGCUGGUUACUACACGACUGAGUUGAACCGUGAAGACAGCUGCCAUCCCUGCUACGGAGACUGCAAACCACAUCUUCAUCUGAAGGUGGUUCAGAGCUGCACCAGCACGUCCGAUUUGAAGUGUGUCUGUGAGGACGGUUUCAGAUGCACUGAUGUGGUCCCGUUAUCUACAAACUGCAGAUACUGUGUCAAGAUUCAGCGGACGACCACAACUGCAGCCGCUGUUACUUCAGGCGAAGAUAAACACAUGCUUUCCUCAGCUUCCUCAGGACAUAGCAGCACUUCCGUCAAACCCUGCAAAUUUCCCAAGUGUGGCCCUCCGUCAGUCCCACCGGCACGAAAUGAUACACAUUCAAAAGGAGACCAUACCAGCAGUCAGCUUGCAGCCGUCUUGUGUCCGGUGGUUGUCGUGGGAUGUGUGGCUCUUGUGAUACUGUUCUGUUUUUGGCGUUCACCCGGAGACGAAACAUGUUUCAAGCAAGCUAUUGCAAAGUUAUGCAAUGAGGGAGGUAGAGAUGUUUCUCACAAGCCAAAGGAGUCAACUCAUCAGUUCCCCAGAGACUCAUUCAGUGCAAAGCAGCAGCCGUCCUGUCUCUCUGCAGCCAAUCUGGGUCCAGUCCAUGUCCACAAUCCAGGGACGGUCAUCUUUAGCUUGCUCAGUCAGUUUACAGGCCAAGUUGGUCCGACAAUUGAAUGUGGGAAGACGACCGAGAGAGUGAACAGCGAAGAAGAAGAUGAGAGAGACUGUCCCGUGUUUCAUCCCACAUCCUCUCCCACAUCCUCUCCCAGCAUUCAUCUCUCUGAGGAGGAGAGGAGCGGAGAGAUUGACAGCAUUUUCUUUCCCUCCCAGGAGCAGGGGAAGGACUGCCACGUGUCCAAAGAGGAGGCGCUAUGAUGCUUCCUAAAAAUCCCAGAAGAUUUGUGUUGGUGGUUACGACUGCUGGCGUCCAGACUCGUACCAAACACAUUCUUUAAAGGAAGGAACAGUAAAACUGUAGAACCACAGAUGAGUGUGGAGCAGAUCCAUCACCCUCUGGCAAACUGUGAAGGAACCUCAGUGCACUGCAGAGACAUUUUUAUCUGCAGGUUCCGGGAAAACUUGUGGUCAGUGCACACCAGAAACUUAAACUCUGAGAAGAACAGCUGCAGGGUGAGCUGCUUUGUAAGAUAUAAUUUAAAAUGUCAUGUAAAUAUUCUUUCAUAAACUCUGACAGCUCUCUUUAAAGUAUUAGAUCUGAAUGUUUAACAUUUUGCAUAAAUAUUAGGCAUUUUGAUUACAAUAAAAUUUUUAUUUUGAAUUCACAA